AUGAAAUUCUUCACCCACGCUGCUGCCGCGGCUUCUCUUCUCUUCUCAGCGGGUCUGGUCUUUGGCGCCCCGCGCGUCGUUGAGGUCCGCCCCAAGGACUUCAAGAUCUCGACGCUUGGAGGCUCGACAUUCACUCUCUCCCAGGUCCACAAUUCCAGAUUCAAGCAGCUGGGCAAGGGCCCCAGGGCUCUCGCAAAGGUCUACGCCAAGUUCGGCCUCGACUUUCCACCAGAGCUGCUUGAGCUUCUCGAUGCCCUCCUUAUCGAGCUAGGCCUUAAACCGAAAAAGGCCGGCGGUUCGGGUGCAGGAGCAGGAGCAGGAAUCUAUAGAAAUGGGACCAUGAAUGGCGGAAACCAGACCUUGGAUGACGACAGUCAAGGCGAGGUUUCUGCUACGCCCCAGCUGUUCGACGUCGAAUACCUGGCUCCUGUCCAGAUCGGCACGCCGCCCCAGACCUUGAUGCUCAACUUUGAUACUGGAUCCUCUGAUCUGUGGGUGUUCAGCACCGAGACCCCGGCCGCCCAGCAGAGCGGUCAGAAGCUCUAUGACAUGGCCAAGAGCACGACUUCAAAGUUACUCGAGGGAAGUGUCUGGAGCAUUCGCUAUGGAGACGGCAGUGGCUCUUCUGGCAACGUCUACAUGGACACCGUCACAGUCGGCGGCGUGACAGUAGACACCCAGGCGGUCGAGUCUGCCACCAAAGUGUCGGGCUCCUUCACCAACGACACUGCGUCAUCGGGCCUCCUUGGCCUCGCCUUUGACACCAUCAAUCAGGUCAGCCCGACCAAGCAAAAGACUUUCUUCGCCAACGCCAUGGAGAAUUUGGCCAUGCCUCUGUUCACAGCCAACCUAAAAAAAGCCGAGGCGGGCAACUACAACUUUGGCUUUAUCGAUCCCACUGAGUUCACUGGCUCCGUCUCGUUUGUCGACGUGAACACGACCAACGGCUUCUGGCAGUUUGCGGCCGACGGAUACUCGGUGGGCACGGGCGCCUCCGUGGCGGUGCCGCACGAGGCCAUCGCUGACACGGGCACGACGCUGUUGAUGCUGCCCGACGCCAUCACGUCGGCGUACUACGCCGAGGUGCCCAGCGCGCAGAACAACGCGCAGAUCGGCGGCUAUGUCUUCUCGUGCACCGAGAAGCUGCCGGACCUGAACCUCAACAUUGGCACCUACAAGGCCGUCGUCCCCGGCGAGCUCAUCAACUUCGCCCCCGCCGACACCGACUCGUUCGACACGGCCACCCUCUGCUAUGGCGGCCUCCAGAGCGGCGAGGGCUUCCCCUUUGCCAUCUACGGCGACAUCUUCCUCAAGGCCCAGUUCACCGUCUUCCACGGCGGCGACCUCAAGCUGGGAUUUGCGCCCAAGCCCGAAUAG